GUUGUUAUAGAGCGACCGACGGGUAAUGAACUCUCAGUUUAAACAAGAAAAUAUUAAUCAGGCAUUAAAUAAAUAGAAAAAAAUACAAAUAACUUACUACCGAUACAUGUCGCAAUAUGCAGUUUUAUUCUAAAUGUCCAUAAAUUAAAAGUUAAAUUUAAAUCUUUAAAAACCGGUCACAAAUAUUGCAAUCUAUAAAAUUCGUACAUUAACAUGGAGUCCACUAUAAAAAGUAUUUCAGCUACUGUCGAUUUGAGUACGCCAGAACAUAACGCUGAUAAAGAUGAAUUUACGCUGGACUCUAUACUCAUACGUAUUGGACAAUUUGGAAAAUUUCAAUUGUUCAUUUUUAUUCUCAUUUGCAUACCCAUGAUGUUUAAUGCAAUAUUUUCAGUGACUUAUGUUUUCACAGCCAGUACAGUGACUUAUAGAUGUAACAUUACAGAAUGCGAUACAGCUAACAGCCGUUACGAUGAACACUGGACAUUAUUUUCAAUACCCAAUAAAACUAAUAGUUUGGAUCAAUGUAAACGCUACGCGAGCAGAUUACCAGAAAACAUCACAACUGGAAUACCUAAAGUCUACGGAAUUAAUGAACAAGGUGCUAUUUAUUAUGACGACGGUGCUAUUUAUGGUGAUACAUGUAAGGCUGAUAAUUUUGAUCAAAAUCAAAUCGAAAUAUGUAGCAGCGAUAAUUUAAUUUUUCGCGAUAAUGAAGUCACAAUUUCAAAUGACUUUGACAUUUUUUGUUCGGAUGAAUGGAAACUGUCAUUAGUCGGUACGCUAAACAACAUUGGACAAUUUGUUGGCAUUCCCCUUGGAGGCUUCAUUUCAGACAGAUAUGGACGUGUUACUGCACUUGCCUUAGGCGGAUUCGUUGCGGCCAUUUUAGGAAUAAUUCGCUCGUUUGCAACAUCGUAUACAUUUUUCGUGAUAUUCGAAUUUUUGGAUAGCAUGGCUUCAAGUCCCCUAUAUUCAAUAUGCUUUAUUGUGGGAAUAGAACUAGUAGGACCUAAGAGACGUGUUAUUGCAUGCAGUUUAAUUACGAUUUUUUAUGCCAUUGGAGAAAUGUUAUUGGCCCUGGUAGCAAAGUACUAUCCAAACUGGAGAAUAUUGUUGCGCAUCAUGUAUGUACCAGCCUUAUCAUUAGUCGUAUACUUUUGGAUAUUGCCAGAGAGUGUCAGGUGGCUUCUAAGUCAAAGUAGAGAGGAUGAAGCUAAGAACAUUUUAAAACGAGCGGCAAAAGUUAAUAAGCGUAAACUGUCGGAUCACUCAUUGGACAAGUUGGUUUUAGCAAAUCGUGAAAAACUUCAAAUUGUUUCGGAGGGGAAAUUUCCAAUAAAACAAGCUUUCUCGAAACUAUUUUGGCGCAUAACAAAUUGUUCUUUUUGUUGGAUUGUAAAUGUUUUGGUGUACUAUGGACUGAGCUUAAAUGCGGUUCUAUUAGAUGGAAAUAAGUACAACAAUUUCAUUUAUAUAGCCAUGGUAGAAAUUCCAGGAUUUUUGUUACCGCUGCUAAUUAUGGAUCGAUUUGGCAGAAGAUACUCCCUGUUUGGAUGCAUGUUCAUUAGUGGAUUGUGCUGUUUGGCAACAAUAUUUAUGCCGCCUGACUCUCACAAUUUACAAUUAUCUUUGUUUUUGAUCGGCAAAUUAACAAUUACGGCCAGUUUUCAAGUUUUAUACUUCUUCACCUCAGAAAUAUUCCCCACAAAUCUACGCAAUAGCUUAUUGUCAUUUUGUUCCAUGAUGGGAAGAUUUGGUUCAAUGUUGGCGCCGCAAACUCCCCUUCUUGCAAAAUACUAUGAAAAUGCGCCGGCAAUAUUAUUUGCUGCAACAGCUAUCAUUAGUGCUUUCUUAACAUUGCUGUUCCCAGAAACGACGAAUUUAAUUCUUCCAACAACAAUGAAGGAGGCAGAUAACAUAGGAUCUUCAAAGGAGAAAAAGUCUUCUAAUAAUGCCACUAGUAUUUCAUAGUAGUAGAAAAUUAAAUUUUUUAAUUAUAAAUAUAGUUUUAAUACCACUUAUAGAAUAUUCUUAGUAAAAUAUACUCUUACACGUAUGGUCCUACAUAAUCACAAUCGAUAAUAAUAAAUUUCAUUUAUGUAAAAUCGUAA